CACCCACUCCCGGUCCCCUGGCGGGGAAGCUUCGGCUUUGGUAGCACUGGAGGUAGCAGCGGCUGGAGAGCGACUAGAGGGGGGCACCGGCUGCCGUGGACCUGGGACACUUCGCCCCUGGGGACCCUCCGCUGACUUUCUCCGCCGCGCCGUCCCGCGGCAGCCGGCGGGAUCCCGGGCCGGCAGGGACUGCCGGUGGCGGCCGCAGCACCAUGAGGCGGCCGUGGGGCGCGCUGCUGCUUGGCGCCCUGCUCUGCGCAGACGGCCUGGCCAGCAGUCCCGAGUGCGCUUGUGGUCGGAGCCACUUCACGUGUGCAGUGAGUGCCCUUGGCGAGUGUACCUGCAUACCUGCCCAGUGGCAGUGCGACGGAGACAAUGACUGUGGGGACCACAGCGAUGAGGACGGAUGUAUGCUACCCACCUGUUCGCCUCUUGACUUUCACUGUGACAAUGGCAAGUGCAUCCGCCGUUCCUGGGUAUGUGAUGGAGACAACGACUGUGAGGACGACUCAGAUGAGCAGGACUGUCCCCCUCGGGAGUGUGAGGAGGAUGAGUUCCCCUGCCAGAACGGCUACUGCAUCCGGAGCCUAUGGCACUGCGAUGGUGACAAUGACUGUGGCGACAACAGUGAUGAGCAAUGUGACAUGCGCAAGUGCUCUGACAAGGAGUUUCGCUGCAGUGAUGGAAGCUGCAUUGCUGAGCACUGGUACUGCGAUGGGGACACUGACUGCAAAGAUGGUUCUGAUGAGGAGAGCUGUCCUUCAGCAGUGCCAGCGCCCCCCUGCAACCUGGAGGAGUUCCAGUGUGCCUACGGCCGCUGCAUCCUUGAUAUCUACCACUGCGAUGGUGAUGAUGACUGCGGAGACUGGUCAGACGAGUCUGACUGCUCUUCCCAUCAGCCCUGCCGCUCUGGGGAAUUCAUGUGUGACAGUGGCUUGUGUAUCAACGCAGGCUGGCGCUGCGAUGGUGACGCAGACUGUGAUGACCAAUCUGACGAGCGCAAUUGUACCACCUCAAUGUGUACAGCGGAACAGUUCCGCUGUCGUUCAGGCCGCUGUGUCCGCCUGUCCUGGCGCUGUGAUGGGGAGGAUGACUGUGCAGAUAACAGCGAUGAAGAAAACUGUGAGAACACAGGAAGCCCCCAGUGUGCCUCAGACCAGUUCCUGUGUUGGAACGGGCGCUGCAUUGGGCAGAGAAAGCUGUGUAAUGGGGUCAAUGACUGUGGUGACAACAGCGAUGAAAGCCCACAGCAGAACUGCCGGCCCCGGACGGGUGAGGAGAACUGCAGUGUUAAUAAUGGUGGCUGUGCCCAGAAGUGCCAGAUGGUGCGGGGGACAGUCCAGUGUACCUGCCACACAGGCUACAGGCUCAUGGAGGAUGGGCGCACGUGCCAGGAUGUGAAUGAAUGUGCUGAGGAGGGAUAUUGCAGCCAGGGCUGCACCAAUAGUGAAGGGGCUUUCCAAUGCUGGUGUGAAACAGGCUAUGAACUACGGCCCGACCGGCGCAGCUGCAAGGCUCUGGGGCCGGAGCCUGUACUACUGUUCGCCAAUCGCAUUGACAUCCGGCAGGUGCUGCCGCACCGUUCUGAGUACACGCUGCUGCUCAACAACCUGGAGAAUGCCAUUGCCCUUGAUUUCCAUCACCGGCAUGAGCUUGUCUUCUGGUCAGACGUCACCUUGGAUCGAAUCCUCCGUGCCAACCUCAAUGGCAGCAAUGUGGAGGAGGUUGUGUCUACAGGACUAGAGAGCCCAGGGGGCCUGGCUGUGGAUUGGGUCCAUGACAAACUCUACUGGACUGACUCAGGGACAUCAAGGAUUGAAGUGGCCAAUCUGGAUGGGGCCCACCGGAAGGUGCUGCUAUGGCAGAACCUUGAGAAGCCCCGGGCCAUUGCCCUGCACCCUAUGGAAGGUACCAUUUACUGGACAGAUUGGGGCAACACUCCUCGUAUUGAGGCCUCCAGCAUGGAUGGCUCUGGACGCCGCAUCAUUGCCGAUACCCAUCUCUUCUGGCCCAAUGGCCUUACCAUCGACUAUGCUGGGCGCCGUAUGUACUGGGUAGAUGCUAAGCACCACGUUAUUGAGAGGGCCAAUCUGGAUGGGAGUCACCGUAAGGCUGUCAUUAGCCAAGGCCUCCCGCAUCCCUUCGCCAUCACAGUGUUUGAAGACAGCCUGUACUGGACAGACUGGCACACCAAGAGCAUUAAUAGUGCUAACAAAUUUACUGGGAAGAACCAGGAAAUUAUUCGCAACAAACUCCACUUCCCCAUGGACAUCCACACCUUGCAUCCCCAGCGCCAACCUGCAGGGAAAAACCGCUGUGGGGACAACAAUGGCGGCUGCACCCACCUGUGUCUACCCAGUGGCCAGAACUACACCUGUGCCUGCCCUACUGGCUUCCGCAAGAUCAGCAGCCAUGCCUGUGCCCAGAGUCUUGACAAGUUCCUGCUUUUUGCCCGAAGGAUGGACAUCCGUCGGAUCAGCUUUGACACAGAGGACCUGUCCGAUGAUGUCAUCCCACUGGCUGACGUGCGCAGUGCUGUGGCCCUUGACUGGGAUUCCCGGGAUGACCAUGUGUACUGGACAGAUGUCAGCACUGAUACCAUCAGCAGGGCCAAGUGGGAUGGAACAGGACAGGAGGUGGUAGUGGAUACCAGUUUGGAGAGCCCUGCAGGCCUGGCCAUUGAUUGGGUCACCAACAAGCUAUACUGGACAGAUGCAGGUACAGACCGGAUUGAAGUGGCCAAUACAGAUGGCAGCAUGAGGACAGUACUCAUCUGGGAGAACCUUGAUCGGCCUCGGGACAUUGUGGUAGAACCUAUGGGCGGGUACAUGUAUUGGACUGACUGGGGUGCUAGCCCCAAGAUUGAACGAGCAGGCAUGGAUGCCUCAGACCGCCAGGUCAUCAUCUCUUCUAAUCUGACUUGGCCUAAUGGGUUAGCUAUUGACUAUGGGUCUCAGCGGCUAUACUGGGCUGAUGCCGGCAUGAAGACGAUUGAAUUUGCUGGACUGGAUGGGAGCAAAAGAAAGGUGCUGAUUGGAAGCCAGCUCCCCCACCCUUUUGGGCUGACCCUUUAUGGAGAGCGCAUCUAUUGGACUGACUGGCAGACCAAGAGUAUACAGAGUGCUGACCGGCUGACAGGGCUAGACCGGGAGACCCUGCAGGAGAACCUGGAGAACCUUAUGGACAUCCACGUCUUCCACCGCCGGCGGCCCCCAGUGUCCACACCAUGUGCUAUGGAGAAUGGCGGCUGUAGCCACCUAUGUCUUCGGUCCCCAAAUCCAAGCGGCUUCAGCUGUACCUGUCCCACAGGCAUCAACCUGCUGCCUGAUGGCAAGACCUGUUCACCAGGCAUGAAUAGUUUCCUCAUCUUCGCCAGGAGGAUAGAUGUUCGCAUGGUGUCCCUGGACAUCCCUUAUUUUGCUGAUGUGGUGGUACCAAUCAACGUUACCAUGAAGAACACCAUUGCCAUUGGAGUGGACCCCCAGGAAGGAAAAGUGUAUUGGUCUGAUAGCACGCUGCACAGGAUCAGCCGUGCCAAUCUGGAUGGCUCACAGCAUGAGGACAUCAUCACCACAGGGCUACAGACCACAGAUGGGCUUGCGGUAGAUGCCAUUGGCCGUAAAGUAUACUGGACAGACACAGGAACAAACCGGAUUGAAGUGGGCAACCUGGAUGGAUCCAUGCGGAAAGUGUUGGUGUGGCAGAACCUUGACAGCCCCCGGGCCAUUGUACUGUACCAUGAGAUGGGGUUCAUGUACUGGACAGACUGGGGGGAGAAUGCCAAGUUAGAACGGUCUGGAAUGGAUGGCUCAGAGCGUACCGUGCUCAUCAACAACAACCUGGGGUGGCCCAAUGGACUGACUGUGGACAAGGCCAGCUCCCAGCUGCUAUGGGCCGAUGCCCACACUGAGCGAAUUGAGGCUGCUGACCUGAAUGGUGCCAAUCGGCACACAUUGGUGUCACCAGUGCAGCACCCUUAUGGCCUUACCCUGCUUCACUCCUAUAUCUACUGGACUGACUGGCAGACCCGUAGCAUCCACCGUGCUGACAAGGGUACAGGCAGCAAUGUCAUCCUGGUGAGAUCCAACCUGCCAGGCCUCAUGGACAUCCAGGCCGUGGAUCGGGCACAGCCACUGGGUUUUAACAAAUGUGGCUCAAGAAAUGGUGGCUGCUCCUACCUCUGCUUGCCUCGGCCUUCUGGCUUCUCCUGUGCCUGUCCCACUGGCAUCCAGCUAAAGGGAGAUGGCAAGACCUGUGAUCCCUCUCCUGAGACCUACCUGCUCUUCUCCAGCCGAGGCUCUAUCCGCCGUAUCUCACUGGACACCAGUGAUCACACAGAUGUGCAUGUCCCUGUUCCUGAGCUCAACAAUGUCAUCUCUCUGGACUAUGAUAGUGUGGAUGGAAAGGUGUAUUACACAGAUGUUUUCCUGGAUGUUAUCAGGCGAGCAGACCUGAAUGGCAGCAACAUGGAGACAGUGAUUGGUCGUGGGCUGAAAACCACUGAUGGACUGGCCGUGGACUGGGUGGCCAGGAACCUGUAUUGGACAGAUACAGGUCGAAAUACCAUUGAAGCAUCACGGCUAGAUGGUUCCUGCCGCAAAGUGCUGGUCAACAAUAGCCUAGAUGAGCCCCGGGCCAUUGCUGUUUUCCCCAGGAAGGGGUACCUCUUUUGGACAGACUGGGGCCACAUUGCCAAGAUUGAACGAGCAAACCUGGAUGGCUCUGAGCGGAAGGUCCUCAUCAACACAGACUUGGGUUGGCCCAAUGGCCUCACCCUGGAUUAUGAUACCCGCAGGAUCUACUGGGUAGAUGCACAUCUGGACCGGAUUGAGAGCGCUGAUCUCAACGGGAAGCUGCGGCAGGUCUUGGUCAACCAUGUAUCCCACCCCUUUGCCCUCACACAGCAGGACAGGUGGAUCUACUGGACAGACUGGCAGACGAAGUCAAUCCAGCGUGUUGACAAGUACUCAGGCCGGAAUAAGGAGACAGUGCUGGCCAAUGUGGAAGGCCUUAUGGAUAUCAUUGUGAUUUCCCCUCAGCGGCAGACAGGGACCAAUGCCUGUGGUGUGAACAAUGGUGGCUGCACCCACCUCUGCUUUGCCCGAGCCUUGGACUUCGUGUGUGCUUGUCCUGACGAGCCUGAUGCCCGGCCCUGCUUCCUUGUACCUGGCCUGGUGCCCCCUGUUCCUGGGGCUACCAGCAUGAGUGAAAAGAGCCCAGUGCUACCUAACACACUGCCUACCACCUUGCGAUCUUCUACUUCCCAGACUCACACAUCUCUGGAAGAUGUGGAAGGAAGAUGCUCUGAAAGGAAUGCCCAGCUGGGCCUCUGUGCACACUCCAAUGAGGCCAUACCUGCUGCUCCAGGGGAAGGACUUCAUAUCAGCUAUGUUAUUGGUGGACUCCUCAGUGUUCUUCUGAUUUUGGUGGUGAUUGCAGCUUUGAUGCUAUACAGACACAAAAAAUCCAAGUUUACUGAUACUGGAAUGGGGAACCUGACCUACAGCAACCCUUCCUAUCGAACUUCUACUCAGGAAGUGAAAAUUGAAGCAAUCCAAAAACCAGCCAUGUACAACCAGCUGUGCUAUAAGAAAGAGGGAGGGCCUGACCAUAACUACACCAAGGAGAAGAUCAAGAUCGUAGAAGGAAUUUGCCUCUUGUCUGGGGACGAUGCUGAGUGGGAUGACCUCAAGCAACUGCGCAGCUCCCGUGGAGGCCUUCUCCGAGAUCACGUGUGCAUGAAGACAGACACAGUGUCCAUCCAGGCCAGCUCUGGCUCCCUGGAUGACAUGGAGACAGAGCAGCUGUUGCAAGAAGAGCAGUCUGAGUGUAGCAGCGUCCACACUACAGCCACUCCAGAAAGACGGGGCUCUCUGUCAGACACGGGCUGGAAACAUGAACGCAAGCUCUCCACAGAGAGCCAGGUCUAAAUGUCUACCUUCUCGUCCUUGCCCGCCUGUUCUUCUCCUUUAUGGACUUCCAGUCCUUGUGCUCGCUUACAUAGCAGGCCCCCUCAUGUGCUUGUCCUCCUCUUCCUCUCAUCCCAUAAUUGCUCCCAAGCCCUCACGGGAGCUAUUUUCCUUUUCACCUAAGUCCAUGACUACCUGUGCACAAGAAAUGAUGGCAUAUCUCAAGAACUUAGACCUGGAUUUUACCAUAAGUCUCAACUUUUGCACUCCAUCCUGGGCCCCCUGAGACUGGGCUUGGUAACAAUUCCUUGCCAGUGUAGAGUUCCACCUCCCCUUCCCCUGGUACCUUCAGUGCCUGCCCCAUAGCACAGAAGCAGCUGAUGAUCCAAGACUGUACUCUCCCCCAACACAGCUGGCAUGACUGCUUCCCUGAAAGGACAUGGGGCAGGGGGUACAUCGGUAAAGAGAGAUGAAGGAUAGAGGCUGAGAGAAGAAGGAAGAGUCAGCCCAGCUGGUAUGGGACUCGGGGAAACCUCCAGCCUCAAAUGUGUUGGUAACAUGAAAAAGCUUUUGGGGGCACUUGGGCCUUGGUAUCCCAUCCAUUGCUGGCAGUGGACGUCAUUCUUGUCCUAAGAGUCACUGCCUUUUCAGCUGCAGUUUCUGGUGAGGUAUGGGUGUGGCUGAAGCUGUUCUUCCUGCUAGAAUGUCUGGAGUGGUUUCUACCUUCAGAUGACUGGGGUCCUUUUCUAAGUCCUUUAUUCUUAAGUAAUCAGAUUGUGAGCCAGUGGCUUGAGGGAAUGUUGGGCCUUUGGGUCUGAGUCUCUAAAAUGUCUAAGAAGCUGUACCUAGUCCAAACAUAGCAUACCACCUAAAUUUGAAUGUCCUGUUACUCUCUUCCUCAUUUUCUGGGAUUCUGAGAGAAGAGAUCUGGAAACAAUCUUUCAAAAAAGGACCAGAAGUUUUUAUAUAAAUGGUCAGGAAGAGCAUUAAGUGGUUACAGACUUAUGAUGCCCAGGGCUUAAAGAGAAGUGUCCAUGAGGUUGAACCUCCUGUGUUCUUUCUCAAGUGCUCAGGGAUCUAAGUAGAUAGAGAGCUUGUGGCUGCAGAGUGGUAAAGUUCCUAUUCUAGUUCUUUCCUGAGCUAAGCGACUUACUUUCCGUGCUGAGAUGUCAUCACUUGGUUCAUGUUCAUUAACACAAAGGACAUGUGUCUCAGGCUAGUAUCAGGGGAGUUCAAAAUUUCUUCUGCCCUAAAAAUUCUCCAUAGCUCUUCAUUUUUUUUUUUUUUUUUUUUUGCCUAAUUUGCUUCUCUGACUUAGCCUUGUGGCACCAACACUGUGCAAAGUCCUAUGGUGAGGAGGGCUAAAUAAAGAUGCAAACAAGUGGGCAAAGAGUAGAAAGGUAGAAAGACCCGCUCAUGAAGCCUUCUCUGUCCAGAUCUCUUCUCCCCAGGAAACAGAAGAAGCAUAAGAGGAUGACAAGGCCUCAGGACCAAGGGGGUGGCUUUAAUGGGAAGUUUCCUGACUCGAAACAUCUCCUGUGGCUAUUACUAUUACUGCCAAACAUUGGUCAAAAAGGACAAGAUUCAAUCUGUUCUGGUCGGUUCUAAGACUGCUAGAGACAGACACGAAGCUCUUAGCCCUGCUCUCAGUAGCCAGCCCCAGGUCUGAACCUACUCAUUACAGCCAGCCCAAGAAGGCUUUUCCAGUGUAGCUUUCCAGUGGGGAAGGUGAGGCACCACUUGUGGCAGGAAAGGAGGAUAUUUCACACUUGACAAAGCAGUCAAAGAAGGAGCACUUUGGGACUUUAGCUUCAUGGUUGGCGAGGAGGAGAAAGUAGAAAAGUGGCAUUUUCUUGAUUGGAAGGGGGGAAGGAUCUUAUUGCACUUGGGCUGUUCAGAAUGUAGAAGGGACAUAUUUGAGGUAAUAUCUAUUCGAGCACUGAUUCACUCUAUACAAAGCAAAAUCUCUCUGUCCUAAACUAAUGGAAGUGAUUCUCCCACGCUCAUGUGUAAUGGUUUUAAUGUUACUCUGGAGAGAUUGGACUUUCUGGAGUUAUUUAACCACUAUGUUCAGUAUUUUAGGACUUCAUGAUAAUUUAAUAUAAAUUUAGCUUUUCUUAAUCA